AUGCCUGAACUUGUCUUUGGCAUCGCAGAAAGGAUCUUGGAGAAGCUAGGAUCCUUUGCUUACGAAGAGUUCUGCUUGGUAUCGAACGUCAAAAACGAGCUGAGAGAGCUUGAGCUCACCAUGGCCAUCAUUAAAGCCGUGCUCUUGGAUGCUGAAGUGAAGCAAGCUACCAAUUACGCACUGAGCAUCUGGCUAAGGCUGCUCAGAGAUAUUUUUUAUGAUGUCGAAGAUGUGUUGGAUGAAGUUGAGUGCGAAGUUUUAAGGAAGCAAGUGGUCACAACAUAUGGGAGCACUAGCAGAAAGGUAUGUGAUUUCUUUUCAUGUUCUCGUGCCCUAGCAUUUCGUCAUAAACUGAGUCACAAAAUCAAGGACAUUAGUGAGAAGUUAGGUAAGAUUGUAGCUCAUAAGCAUAAUUUUAAUCUCACAGAACGACAUGAUCAUGUGAUGCACUGGAGGAGGCGGGACUUGACCUACUCAUUUGUUCCCCCUUUAGAUGUCAUCGGUAGGAAUGAUGAUAAAGAACAAAUAAUAAGUCUUUUGACGCAACCUGAUUCUAACAGACAUGACAAUGUAAUUCCUAUAGUUGCAUUAGGAGGGUUGGGGAAGACCACAAUUGCUAAGUUGGUAUACGAUGAUAAACGUGUAGCUGGUCAUUUCGAAUUGAGAAUGUGGGUUUGUGUGUCUGAGGAUUUUGAUAUUCCUAGAUUAAUAAAAGAAAUCCUUAAAUCUGCAACUGGUGCAAUUGAUGAGACGUUGGGUGUAGAUUUGUGGCCAAAGAAAUUAAGAGACUCUUUAGAGAAAAAGAAGUUUCUACUUGUUUUAGAUGAUGUUUGUAAUGAGGAUCAUCGUAAAUGGAAUGAGUUGAAAGGGUUGUUAAUUGGUGGUUCAGAGGAAAGUAAAAUUUUAGUGACAACACGCAGUAAUAAGGUUGCUUCCAUUGUGAGUACUGAUCCCGCAUACACUUUAGGAGGCUUAUCCUACGAUGAUUGUUUGUUUUUAUUUGUGAAAUGGGCAUUUAAGGAAGGGGAAGACAAACAAUAUUCAAGACUCGUAGAAAUUGGAAAAGAAAUUGUGAAAGAAUGUAAAGGAGUUCCAUUGGCAAUAAGGACUUUAGGAAGUCUACUUUUCUCAAAGGUUGAUGAACGAGAGUGGAAAUUUGUGAGAUAUAAUGAGAUAUGGGAAUUAGAACAAAAGGAGGGUGAUAUUUUACCUGCAUUAAAACUAAGCUAUGAUCAAAUGCCAUCUCAGUUGAAGCAAUGUUUUGCCUUGUGUUCUCUUUUCCCAAAGGAUUAUUUAUUCGAAAGUGGCAAGUUGAUUGCAUUUUGGAUGGCGCAUGGACUCCUUAAUAAAAUGCCUAAUCAAGAGUUGGAAGAUGUUGGCAACAUGUAUAUCAAGGAGUUGUUGUCCAAAUCUUUCUUCCAAGAUGUUGAGAAUUACUCUUGGUGCUAUAGGUUUAAAAUGCACGAUCUUGUCCAUGAUCUAGCACUCAAGGUUGCAGAAGAAGAGUGUUCAACAAUCGAAUCUUGCACACAAAAGAUUGCUGGAACAAAGAAAAACACUGAAAAACAGAACAGAAACAAUCACUGGAGGCUCGCCGGACCAUUGCCGGAGUAUUGCCGCCCUAAUGACUCAAACCCUAACUCUUCUAACAUUGGGAAUUACCACAUCAGCAAACUUCCUAAUUCCAUUUGCAAGCUGUAUAAUUUGCAAACUUUACUACUUCAAAGUUGUGUGAGGCUUGAGCAGUUGCCUAAAGAUAUACGAAAGAUGAUCAAUCUUAGAUAUUUGACGGUAGCAACACUUAACACGUGCUUGUUUGAGAAUGGUAUAUGCUUGAAUUCUCUUCGGUUUUUGCUCAUAAAUAAGUCUAGGAGACUAAAAAUUUUAUUUCAAGGGAUGGACGUCUGCCUUACCAACCUUCAGACAUUGGUUGUGUCAAUGUGUCCGACCUUGACCUCUUUGACACAUGAUAUCAAGCACCUAUCUGCCUUAGAGACCCUUACAAUUGCAAGGUGCAGCUUGCUUAGUUUGCUGGAAGAAAAAGACAAUAGGGAUAUCAAGUUGAGCCUUAAAAAAUUGGAGAUUUUCCAUUUACCAAAGUUGGAGGUUUUGCCGCAAUGGCUCCAUGGAUGUGCUAACACUUUGCAGUACCUAUGUAUUUCACAUUGUGACAACUUCAUGGCCUUACCGGAGUGGCUGCCAAGCAUGAAAUCACUUCAGACACUUGAGAUUAGUUAUUGCUCCAAGUUGUCAUCUCUUCCGGAGGGGAUGGAUCGUCUCACUGCGCUAAGAGAAUUGACGAUUGAAGGUUGUCCUCAAUUAGAUCGGUCCAAGAUUGCUCAUAUACUGAAGGUUCUACAACUAGAAGAUCAUCCAAACAUGACAUUUAAGAGUUGGGAAAAUGAUGGAAUAUGAGGAUGAGGGCAGCGUUGGUCCCUUUGAUGUGAGGGAGACAAGUCUAAGAAGGUCUAGAGCUUUCUUUUGGUGUUCAAUAUUCAUG